AUGUCGUCGGUGUCGAGGAAAGCGGUGCCCAACCGCCGUGUAGACAGCUUGAAGAAUAGCGAUAGAAGAAGUCGCGCCGGUUCUUUGGCUAGGCAGUUGGCCGUGAGCCAUGACGAUGCAUAUACCUACGCUCUACGAGUCGCCUACCUACAUUACAUCCUCCAACCCAAGACCAAACGAAAGCAAUGGGUCCCCGCACCGAAGCCGCCGCCGAGGACUCAUACGUCCAAUAUAGGAGAUUUGGUCAAGGAACUUGUACCGGGAAACUCUAGUAGCGUUAAACUUCCCCAUGGAUUUCGAGGCCAUCUAGAGAAAAGAAUGGAACGGGUUAUUAUGGGUGCUGAAAGACUGCCUGGUUAUAACGAUCCUGCUGUAAAAAAGACAUUUGCGCAAGCUUACACAGCUUUUACCGAGCAGGCUUUUCGGAAGAACGUCGACAAGGAGCGCAAGGUUGAGCCGCUGGUGUUGAUUUUCUAUUCGGCUGCCACCAAGGCGUGUAUGCUCGGCCACGAGCCGGGCGACGAUUCCUGGAAGCUUCUUGUCGACCGGCACGUCGCCCUCUUUCUCAGACUUCUGACCAACAUAUUAAGGGAUCAGGGGCACGAGCGAGACAAGCCAGAACUUCUGAGCAGACUAAGCACUCUUGAAAACAAACUUCUAACCAACGACCAGAAUCUCUAUAUCGAUACCGGUCAGAGCUCUGGUAAUACGAUCGAGGUGAUAGUGCCGCUUACUUACGACGUCAAGGAUAUGCCUAUGGUUCAAGUCGUUGCUAAGAUAUUUGGCCUUUCCCAUUCCGACGUCCAGACUCAUAUCGAUGCUCAGCGACAGAAUUGGACUGAAGAAGCCGCACUGAGAGACCUCAAGGCAUACCAGCAUAGGUUGAACUCCGAUGCGAGCGGCGCCCUAAGAAGCCAAGAUUUCAACAUUGAUGAGGCAUAUCAAGAGUGGAAAAAAGCAGAAGCGCCUUUCCUUUCACAAAUGAUGAUGGAGAUUUUGACAGCUCAGCCGGAGUUAGCUAGGAGAUCCACAACUGUCAGCGUCUCUUAUGAUAAAGCAUUGCCAGCAAGCCCUUCCUCGGCACAUCCAGAUGAUAAAAGAGCGUCAUUCAGUCCGGAAAGAGCCUCCAUGUAUGGUAUCGACAGCGUAAUGAGUCUCGGAUCCAUGUCUUUGGAUGAUGGCAGUAGCAUCAGGGCUGUCGAUGACGCAAACUACACCAGUUACACUUUUAUCCCUCCCGAACCUCGCGAGUUUUUGAAAGUCAUUGCAAAAUACGCUGUAGAGUUUGAUGCUAUGCAUGACGACGAGGCCGAGGAGUCCAGUUUGUUCUCGAAGCAAUCAAUGGAUCUCCUUACAGAACUGUGUGUACGCUGGCGAAUUCCCCAAUUUACUCGUCUGGUCGUCUUUCUAGAAGUGGCAGCUCGGAGAUUCACAGACACGCUGUUUACAGUGAUCGAUUUAGAUAACGCUUUUGACCUGGUUAAAAUUCCACAACCGGAGCCCAAAAAGCCACCUCAUAUCUACCUUCACAAUGAGACCCUUGCAACCAUGGACCGGAGUAAAUGGACUAUUGUGGACUACAAUGUGUAUCAGCAAACUCUUCAGACAUUAAACGAUGCGCUCCUACGCGAUCUCUACGAUACUUUAAUGCAUUGCUACGAACCAAAACCUCCAUCAGCUGGCCCGGCAGUGCAUGUAUUAACAAACCAUAUCUUCAGCGACCCCGAUUUCUCUCGUAAUGAGAAAGACGCACAGGAGUAUGCCCGUCUUCUUGAGUCUGGCUUGCAGGAGCAAGCUGCUAUCGUCUAUCGCAGUUUCUUAGACACCGAGGUUCCCCGAAGUCAACAGGACUGGGAUUUUAGCCAUGUAGUCCAGCUUGGCAAGUCGGUCGUGAAACUUUGCGAGAGGAUUCAAAAGCGUUAUAAAAAGAACCCGGAGAUCAUGGGUGUCAACCCAUUGACUGUUCUUGUGGAGACAAUGUUUCCCAACUUUGAAGACGAUGCUCAUGACCUAAUAAAGAGAAUCGUCCAGGUCGCUCAUGAUCGGGGAGUGGAGUUACCUCUUCAGGAUGGCUUUGAUUUGUAUAAGGAAUUGGUCGAGAUUCGACGCAUUCAUAGAUCGUCUCUUCCCGGGCGACCGUUUACGUUUGAUGUCGAGGAGUUGCUCGUAGACUUCGUAUGGCGUUGGAUCCAGAACACCGAAGCCCGAGCAGAGGAGUUUGUCGAAGGGGCUAUCAAUCAAGAUCCGUUUCAAGUACGAGGCAACGGACCGGGUCACAUAUCAUUGGAUUCGGAACGACACAGCCAUUCGAUCAUCGAUAUGUUCCAGCUGUUCCACCAAACUGCUGAUCAGGUCUUCCAGCUGGAGUGGGACAACGAUGUUCACCACGCUCGAUUUAUGACUGCGUUAUCGAAAAUCUUCGCUAACAGCAUUGCCCGAUACUGCGAGAUUGUGGACCAACGAUUCGUGAAGGAAAUGGAUACACCAAGACCAAAUGAAAAGGAAGCAGCGGAAGCGGCUCAAACGACGCAAGGGAGGUUCAUGCAAUAUGCUAAGGAUGCUUGGAGCACAAAGGACAAGAUUGAACCAUUUCAAUUCUUUCCUGAGUCGCUAGUAAAACUCAACAAUGUUGAAUGGGCAAUGCAAGAACUUGACAAACUUGAGAGGACCAUGAACGUAGAUGCUUGUGCCAACAUCCUCGAAAAGGUUGAUGGCCCUAAAAGACAAAUCAAGCGGCCGGCUAAGUACGUCUUUACUAUCAAAAUUGUCGAGGCCGAGGAAAUCAAGGCAUGCGAUCCGAAUGGAACAAGCGAUCCUUAUGUGGUACUUGUGGACGAAUACCAAAAGCGGUUGCACAAGACGCGAAUCGUAAUGAGAACACUUAGUCCUCGGUGGGAUGAGUCCGUAGACGUUACAGUAUCAGGGCCUCUUAACAUCGUCGCUACGAUCUGGGACUACGACACUUUCGGCGACCAUGACUUCGUUGGCAGAACUUCUCUAAAGCUAGAUCCUAUACAUUUCAGUGACUACCUCCCAAGAGAGUUCUGGCUUGAGCUCGACACCCAAGGAAGGAUCCUGCUAAGGGUGAGUAUGGAAGGGGAACGAGAUGAUAUACAAUUUUAUUUUGGUAAGGCAUUCCGGCACCUCAAGAGGACGGAGCGUGACAUGGUCCGCAAGAUUACAGACAAGCUUUCACGCCAUAUCAACGCAUCGCUCUCAUACGAUGCCUUACGAAACCUUCUUGGAAGGAAUGUCACUUCACAGGUUACCUCAUUCUUCAAACGACAAUCCACGAUCCCGCAAAUCACGGAUACCGAGAUCGAAAACGCGUUACAAUCGCUUUUCACGUACUUCGACGAAAACUUCGCCAUCAUGAAACAGACGUUAACUGAUGCAACUAUGGUUGCAGUUAUGACACGUCUGUGGAAGGAGGUGCUUAUGGCCAUAGAAACGCUCCUCGUGCCGCCUCUGUCAGAGAAGCCGUCUAAUCAACGACCUCUCACUCAGCGCGAGCUCGAUGUCGUUUUCAAGUGGUUAGGCCUCUUAUUCGAUUUCUUCAACGCACGAGACGAGGACGGGGAAGUCCUCGGUGUCCCCGCAGAAGUCCUAAAAUCGCCUAAGUAUCACGAGCUCGCCUCGCUCAACUUCUUCUACUUUGAUACUACUGAAAACCUGAUCCGCACAUCGGAACGUAUAGCCGCAGCAACUGCACAACGGCAGCAACAGCAGCUCCAAGGACAUAUGAGCUCCAACCGCCUCUCCGCUCCCGCAUCGUUGGGCUCGUCGCUCAACGUUCCUCAUGCCGGCCCGGCAUUCGCCAGCAUGGGAACGAUCCGCCGAGGCAAGAGUAUCAUGAUGAGCCGCAACCUAGGCACGAUGCGCCGAGCCAAGGAGGAGAAGCGGAAAGAAGCCCAGGCCGAUCCAUCCGACGAUAUGAUCCUGCGGAUAUUACGCAUGCGGCCUGAAGCAGCUGGAUACCUCAAGGAGAGGCACCGUCAAAAGGAGCGCAUGGCUGCUGCCGCCGCUGCUGCGAUGAUAGUGAAGCAAAGUGUCACCCAAGGCUGGAAUUCAGCCGGUGGCGGCUUCGGCCGGGGCGGUGUUCCGGUUCGACGCUAG